AUGACCACAUUAAAAAAGGUAUCAAAAUUACCACCAGAAAUCAAUAGAAUUUUAUAUGUAAAAAAUUUACCAUUUAAAAUAUCAUCAGAGGAAUUAUAUGGUAUAUUUUCAAAUUAUGGAGCUAUUAGACAAAUAAGGUUAGGUAAUACAACAGAAACAAUGGGUACAGCAUUUGUUGUUUAUGAAGAUAUAUUUGACGCAAGAAAUGCAUGUGAACAUCUUUCAGGUUAUAAUGUAAAUAAUAGAUAUUUAGUAGUAUUAUAUUAUCAACAACAAAAACAACAAAAGAAAAUGGAUCAUCAAGCAAAAAAGAAAGAAUUAGAUUUAUUAAAACAAAAGUUUGGUUUGGAAUGA